AUGCUGAGCCAGGACCCUGCGACAGCAACUUGGCAUACGCCUGUGUACAGCAACGAAGCCUUGCAGCUCCUGGGCUGGGCGUACGAAAACAUCACAGGGGAGUCUAUGGAAGACGGGUUUAAAACUAGCAUCCUGGAGCCCUUGGGUCUCUCGCGGUCUUUUUGGUCUCCGCCCAAGGAUGACCCGAACGCCAACGUCGUUGAACUCGAUCCCUCAACUAUGAAGGACCUCGUAGGAUAUGACUUUGAAGAGGGUCUGGCCACUUACACGCCAACUGGCGGCAUCUACUCAUCCCUAGGCGACCUCUCCGCCAUAGGCCGCUCCAUCCUCUCCUCAUCCCUUCUCCCGCCGUCUACAACUCGAGAGUGGCUCCGGCCGAUAACCCACAGCCAACACACCCACACCGCCAUCGGAAGACCCUGGGAAAUUUUCCGUAUGGACCUGCCCUUCACUCCCGGCUCCGAACAAACACGCCUCGUGGACAUCUACGCCAAGAACGGCGGCGUCGCUGCGUACCUUACCUAUCUCAUCCUCUCCCCCGAUCACGACAUCGGUUUCACGCUGAUGGUGGCGUCCAAAACUUCAUUUAGCGGAGAUGGGGAUCUGGACUCGACUUUCAACAUACUCAGCGAGCUGCUCUUGGAGAAAUGGGUUCCGGCGGCAGAGGCGGCAGCUCGAGAAGCGGCUGGAGAUGAUCUGGCUGGCACCUACGUGGCAGAGGACGGAUCAGACUCGACGGUCGAGUUGGCGCUGGUCCCCGGCAGGCUCGGUCUGACGGUGAUGAAGUUUGUGUACAACGGUACCGACUUCUUCGCGACCGUGGGUGAGAACCUGGGCUUUCAGGGGGCGGAUCUGCAGUUUAUGGGGCUCAAGGACCAGGGUGAGGCCUCCUUCCGCGCAGUGUUCUCAAACAUCGAGAGUGAGAGUUCGGGCCGAGCAUCAGUUGUUGGGAAGAAGUGUGGGUGGACGUGGGGAAGCGCAGGUUGGUUCACUUAUGGCAACGCUGCCCUCGACGAGGUUGUCUAUACCUUGGACGCAGAUGGGAAGGCGGCGGCGGUCAGCUUCCCGGCAUUACGCUUGAAACUCGUCAAGACAUCAAAGGAGGAAGCAAAUGGCGGUGGUGACAGUCGAACUGCUUCCCAAGAGCUUUAA